AUGUCGUCAACUGAUUUGAAUGGUGUCGAGACAUCGAGAACUUCAGCUGGAUCAGGGAGACAGUCUUCUGGGUCGCUGCAGAGGAGAACUGUGAAUCCAGCUUCGGACGUCCAGGAUGGUAAAGCUCUGGAGGAAAACGGCAUCGCUGGCAGUCCAACGACCCACACAUCUGAGAAACCCGAGAAACCAACUACUGCUGCCUCGCUGAGGAAUCUAGUGACGACUAAUUGGUAUUUCAACAUCUUCCUCAUAUUCGUGCCUAUCGGCAUAGCACUCGGCGCUAUAAACAAGACUGGAGAUGUGUCCAUAUUUAUUAUCAACUUUUUGGCUAUUAUACCGUUAGCAAAAGUGCUGAAUUUUGCGACAGAAGAGUUGGCUGUUGCUUUGGGACCAACUAUCGGGGGCUUAUUAAAUGUUACUUUGGGUAACGCUGUAGAGUUAAUAGUGGGUAUCAUUGCUUUGAAAGAGGGCCUUGUUACAGUCGUGCAGGCUUCCGUAUUGGGAUCCAUUCUCUCCAACCUGCUUUUCGUUUUGGGCUUUUGCUUUCUCUGUGGAGGGAUAUAUCACAAAGAGCAGCAAUUUUCAAUAGGAGCUGCCAACACAUCCGCGUCUCUAUUGUCUCUGACUGUUUUGUCGUUUUUGUUACCCGGUGCUUUUCAUGCUCAGCUAGACGCAUUGAACAAGACCGAUCUAUCUGAAAUAACAUCGUUAUCACGGGCGGUUGCCAUUCUGCUGCUCGUUGUGUACGGCUUGUAUAUCUUGUUCCAGUUUAGGACGCAUGCAUAUCUUUUCAAACCAGUCGUUGACGAAGAAGAGGAAUACAACACUCUCACACUCCCAAUUGCAUUCAUGGCACUGAUUGGGGCUACCAUUUUGAUUGGAGUGUGUGCAGAGUUUCUGGUGUCGUCGAUUCAGGGAUUGGCCACAGCAUGGAAUUUGACGGAAACCUUUAUUGGUUUGAUCAUACUGCCAAUUGUAGGCAAUGCCGCAGAACAUGUUACAGCUGUAACAGUAGCCAUGAAGAACAAGAUGGAUCUCGCUCUGAGCGUAGCGCUUGGAUCGUCAUUGCAGAUUGCAAUCCUCGUGACUCCGAUCUUUGUGCUUAUAGGCUGGGCUCUAGGAGUGAAUCUUACACUAGACUUCCCUAUAUUCCAGACAGCAGUAGUAUUCGUGACAGUGUUUAUUGUGACGCAGUUAGUAAAUGACGGAAAGAGUAACUGGCUUGAAGGUGUCUUGCUGCUGGUUGCCUACCUCAUUAUAGCAGUGUCAUUCUUUUACAUACCGGCUUGA